AUGUCUAGAAUCACUAUUAAGCGAAUGCUCCUCGACAACUAGGAUAACACUGAUGUACUAAAGAAAUGGGCUAUGAUCGCUAAAAGAGGAAAAGAUUUUUUCUAGAGUGAUGAAGCAAAAUUCUUUGACUGCCUUUAUCAAAGAUGUUUCAGCUCUAUUUUGUAAAAACAUGAAAAAGUUUAAGAUUAUCAAAUUAAUAUAGCGUUGAAGUUCCUUGAUUUCUUAAAUCUCUACCUUUCCUCAACAUAGGACUCUUAAUUGAAGCAAUUUAUGCUCUAUUAUCUUCAAGAUUAAUAAACUAUCAUUAGAUGCAGAGUUAGCUCUAUCAUGGAAAAUCAAUAAUAUAAAGAUGCCUUAGUCAAGAGAUGCGAGGAGUUAAGGCAUUAUAUAAACUAUCUUGUAGCCUAAGAAAUUGAUGAAGAUGAAAAAAGAGAAAAUGAAUCGAAUGAUGAGAAUAAUGAUGAAGUACCAAUUACCCCCAAAACUCCUCAACAAAUUAGGGAUCUAAGGUUUUAUAAGAGACUUCAAUUAUUUACGAAUAUAUGCUACAAGCAAUUUCCAGAAGAAUUUACAAAAAUUACAUCUUAAAUGAUAGGUUCAAUUGAUUAGGAAGAAAACCUCAGAGAAAUCUUAAUGAGAUUUGACGAAAAGGAGCUUCAAAUAUUCUUCUAAACAUUAAAAAUCAACUUUCCCCAAGACCUUUAAUCUAACAAAUUUACUAACGAGUAGAUUAUGAUAGAGAUACUAAUAGAGGAUCUUACUAAAUAUUAAGGCCUCAAUAUUAGUUCCGAUAUCGCCAUAUUCCCAACUGAGGAAGAUAUAUUCAUGUCAGGAGUAAAUAUAAAAAAUCCAAAUUUUCCUCAGACAUAGUACCUAGAUAUAUAAGACAAACUGCUUAGAUAUUUCGACUAGGAAAUUGAUGAUGAGACAAUUUCAAUAAGAGGAAUAAUAGAAAGUCAAUUGAAAUAGCUCAGACCAUUAUUUGGCGAGGAGACUGGGGAUUUCAUAGAUUUCAUUGGAUAAGGUGAUAAAAGUGCAAAGAUUCUCAAGAUUAGCAUCAUUGAGGUUAAAGCUCCAAAAAUAGGUUAUUUAGCACCUAGUGAAGUAACAGCAGAGAUAUAGUUUAGUCUUAGCAAUCAUUCUACAUCAAGUCGCUAAGAAUGGUUGAAUCUAAAGCCUAAUUAACCACUAUUUUUCAUCUGUCUUGACAAAUCUCAUGAAAAACUCACUGAAUAAUCAGUGGAUCCUCUUGCAAAAGAAUAUGGGAUUAAGUUAGUUAGAGGAAGUUUCACUACACUUUAGCAUGAUUAAAAGCAUUAGGUUUGCAAGAUUUAAACUGAUAAAGAGACUAACAAAGAAAUUGUCUCAGUUAUUGUUAAACUUGACACAAUUCAAUAUAAGAAUGAUAUUCAAAAACUCAUGGUGCAAAAGUCAAAAUUCCUAGAGGAAAUUUACUCUGAAGCAUAACUCUUGAUAAAGAUUGACAGAAUAAUUGAUAUGAAUAAGAUUAGCAAUCUUGAGAUCAUAAAAACAUUAUACAAUGAUAAUUUAGGUAAGAAAUAAACUGAAGGCUGGCUAAAAAAUUUCCUCAUUGGUGCUUAAAAUGAGAAUGAUGAAUUAAAAUAGCAUAUGUUGAUUUCACCAAGUGAAUUAAAUAUAGCAAGUUAACUCCAAACUUAAACAAUUCUAUUUGAAGGAAAACCAGGAUAAGGUAAAACAUUAUUGGCAUCUAAGUUGAUCUAGACCAUUCAUAACUAGUAAUAAAGAACAUUGCUAUUGAGUAAAACUGAUUAAUCACUCAACUAAGCUCUUUAAGGUGUGCUAAAGAAUGGAAUAAGAGAUAAGGACAUUGUCAUCUUAUCCAAAAAUAAACACCUAAUCCCUUACAACCUUAAUCCUAAAUAUAGAAUCAAUGAACUACUAUCAAGGAGAGUUUAAUUCUUGAAUCAAGUUAAAUCUCUAGCUGAAUCAGUUAAUUACAAUGUUUUCCUAGAAUAUACUUGUGAGAGAGCAAAGAUAUUUUACGAUCAUUAUCUUCUACCUUUAUGGACUUCUUAUCUAGAGUAAAGCUUGACAAAAGAAGAUUCAAAUCAAUACUUAAAGACCAUGUUUCCCUUUAAAAGAUUUAUUAUCGAGUAUCUAUAACUUGAUAAUAAUGAUACCAAUAAUACUAAUGAUGUUGAUUCUAUGCUUUUUACUGAUAUUACCUGUGCGAAAGGUAGAGCAUAAGAUUAUUGGAUGCUUAUAGAUAUGAUUUUCUAAGAUCUUGAAAUGAUUUUGCCCUUCGAGAAUCUUAGAAAUAACAAGGAAAGGUAAAGAUAUAUAGUCUGCUCUUAGACUAAGGUAAUUGGGAUGACAAUUGAUUAUGCUAGAAAUAGCUUCAAGAAACUACAAAAAUCAGGCUUCAGAUUUGAUACCUUGAUUGUAGAUGAUGCCUCCUUAAUGAGUGAUAUUGAUAUUCAAAUAGCCAUUAAAUGCCAUCAAGAUUAGAAUGAAUUGAAGAAGCUUAUAUUAAUUGGUGAUGAGACACACUCGUAUUUCUUGCCUUAAUCAUGCUUUGAAAGAGCUCUCAGAUAAAAUUACUAGACUUUCAAAAUAAAGCCAGAAUAAGACUAGUAAAAUCUAUAGAAGACCACAAUAAAAGGAAUGGAAAAAAGUAGACAAAUAAUUAAUGUAGAAGAUUUUAAAGGGAAAGGAAUGGAACUAAACAUUAAAGAAGGUAAAGAUCAUAUAGUUACCAAUCUAGCUGAAGCUGAGUACUCAGUGGCUCUCUAUAUGUACCUGAGAUUAUAAUCAGCCAUCGAUAAUGAUAAAAUAGUCAUUUUAACCUCAGAAAGUGGUUAAAAAUAAUUGAUUAUUGAUUUACUGAAGUAAAAAUGCGGCUGGCAUCCACUACUAGGGUUUCCGAGAGAAGGAGUAUAGACUUUUGAUGAAUUCUAAGGUAAAAAUGCUGAUAUUGCUAUCAUAAGUUUGGUUUACACAUACUAAACUAGAGACUUUAUAAGGAAGAUAGACCAUAAUCUUUAUUCAUGGAUCAUUUCAAGAGGUAUUUAAGGAAAUUUCACAUUAUAAAGAGACAGCCUAUUUAGAUUCCUAAGAGAUUCAACUGCUGCUGAAAAUAGAAAUGGACUGUUAGAAAUUGAAUAAGGUGAAAUUUCAUCAUUCAUUUAGCUUUAUAAGGUUGAUCAGAAAAUUCUUGAGUUAAAAGAAUCUGAGUAAAUGCUAGUCGACCAAAAAUGA